AGUUCCAGGAGCCAGAGUCUGUUGGAGUGUCUCAACAUCUGACAAACACCGUGUUUGUGGACAGAGCAUUGAUUGUGGUCCCAUUUGCUGAAGGUUUGUCGUCACAUCAUUAUUUCCACGUAUGAGUGGUUCUUGUUGAUUGAAUGGCAUGAAUAGUGAAAAUGUUAAAGAGUAAAAAGGAUAUAUUUGUCCCAUUUGUGAAUUGCACAAGUCAGCUCACCUUGGCCUGUUUAUAUAAGCUUUUAAGAUACUUUCAAUGAUACUGGUAAUGCCAUUCCCUCCCAUUGUAUAUAAGAAGUGCUUAAAGCAGACCUGUAUUGUCAGAUUUUUUGAUAUACUGUGGUAGCACAUCCCAAAUCUGUUUUACCACAACAAUGCAAUUCUUUUGAUAAACUGGAUUGUAUUUAUUUGGGCAAAUGCAUAUCAAGCAGUAUGUCUCUGCCUAAAACAAUAAUUUGUCCUGCAUUUAGAAAGCGCAGUAUACCAAAAUCUGCUUCACAGACUAGGAGUUGAACAAUCCCAAGCUGUCGGCGCCGCAGUGAAGUGAAGUUGUUAAUACUCCUAACCAUAUGCAUUUUAUUUUCUCCCCCAUAUUGGACUAUCCACUGUUAAACUUCUCUCUGUUAUUUGUGUGUGUGUAUGUGUGUGUGUGUGAUUUUUGUAGUGAAGAAGGCAAAAGCAGCCCCCUCGUUGAUGGCUGAAAGUGGUCCUCUGCCUGCCAACAGGGGAUUGUAGACAUUUUCAAAGGCCAGCAAGCAUUCAAGUCCCACCCCACUCUUUUUUGUGUCCUCUAUUCUUUCUCUGCCUUCUCUUUCUCUUUCCUUCUGUCUAAUUAAUCUUUUCUAGGUGGUUUAGUUUAGAGCAAAAGGUCAGAUAUCGGGGACGUAGCCUAAACCAGUGCUCAUUUUGCAUUGUUUUGCAACAUUUUGGAACGGCUUCUUAGCCAUUUUAUGGCUAAAGCAUUGUUCCUUAACAGAUAAGGCUGGCAAUAUUCUUCAUUUUUUGAUGUCAACCAAUCCCCUGAAAAGACCAUCAUUGACCAAAAACAAUUUACAGCACAUCAGUGAGCCACACUGUUGCACAGGGUGACUUUUAUUGUUCAUUAUGAUGAAAGCAGGCACUGUAGUUUAUUUUCAGGCACCGCACUGCAGCCAUGAAUACUCGCUAAAACACGCUACACACACCCACCACUAAAAAUAGUCCCCAACAACUGUACUAUUUACUUCUGUAUGAAAACCUUUGCUGAAAACUACAGCUCUCAGUUGUUUUAGUCUUUUAUGAAAAUGAAAUUAUAUAUUUGUCACUUGUUAUUUCAGUGGUAACAAAUGGGAUUGUGGCAGAGAGCAGAAAGUAUUGUUUUAGAUUAUUUUUGGGGGGCUUUUUUGCCUUAAUUUAAUAGUAAAGUUGAAGAUUGACAGAAAAGGGGGAAGAUAGAGGGCGCGACAUGCAGCAAGCCUUAGUAUAUGGGGCGCACACUCUACCAGGUGAGCUACCUGGACGCCGCAGAAAGCAUUGUUGACAAUAACCAAAAAUAUAAUAUCGCCAACCUUAUCUAUAAAAAUGUGAAAAUUAACUCUUGAAAGGAGAAAGCUUUGAAAUACAAUACAUUAGUUGGGUUUAGUGGUAAAAGCCUAUACAAAGAUACUGAGUGUUAAUAAUUACUUGGGUGCAAAAACCACAAUGCCCAGGCAACUGACACUACACAUACUCACCCAUAUAAGAGCAGUUAAUUGUGUGACUUAACAAAGGAACACUAGUCAAUGAUUGGUUAUUUUAUAUAAUAGCAGUACUACAUCUCAUCAUAAGUUGUCUUAAGAUGCCCACCCGACAUGACACUGUGUUGGUAAAAUAUAUUCUCUUUAACAGUCGUCUUCUUUUGUUGUUGUGUUUUACAGUUCUUUUUCCUGGCUCAGCCAGUCCUGUAUACCAGGCCCUGCUGAAAAUACCAUCCAACAGUUUUGUGUCCUGCAGCAAUUUCUCUCUCUUCAGUGUGCUUUUUUUUUUACGUGAAUGUUGUCAUUGUGUGUCCGUAUUUAAGUCAUGUCCUUUUGUGAAAGAGUUUUAUUGGGGGUGGAUUUAUUGUGAAAUGAUUAUAAGGUGUUUAUUUGUUAAAUUUGGCCAACAAUCAGUGUCAUAUUGCAAAUAAAUAUGAACAAUUAUUUUUUAAUUGGACUGUGGUAGCGCAGGUUAAUCAAACCAGUCCUCUGCCUAGGUUUGUUUGAUUGAUGCAGUGGCAGGUAAGGAUACUAGAAUAAUGAUGUAAAGCAGACACGCUACCCACCCUGAAUUCUGCUAUUGUCAUUUAGUACAUACCACUAUAUGCUCUGACAUUUGUGUUUUUGGUAAGUAAACACUAAUAGCUUGUAUAGUGUUCUUGCCAAAUCCCUAAAAUUCUCUCUGUUGUGUGUAUCUCGAUUUUUCUCUGUGUGCUUUUAGUAGCGAAGCCGCCAGCGUGAGUCGCUUGUUUGAGUAAACGUCUUAAUGAAAAUUGAGGGCUCACCCAACUGGAGAAGCAGCUGUGCUUGCUAACGUUUGGUUCAUGACUUAAAAAACACGUUCAGGCUCUAUUCCAGAUGAGGCUAAAGCUUUGUCACUGUUGGCGCCAGCAAAUGCUGUUGCAGGAAUGAUGCCAGGGGGAGGACUUCUUCCAACGCCAAAUCCCAUGUCCAAUCCUAUGGGAGGGAACCCGUUCGGUAUUCCGAACAUGGAUGCAAUGGCUGCGUUUGGAUUCCCAGGACACAACAUGAAUCCCCAGGCUGCUGAUCAGCUGUUAAAGUUCAUGACCGAUCCAAAGAUGAAUCCUUUGGCUGCAGGCUUAAAUAUGAGUGCGAGCCUGAAGGCUGACGCAUCUAAUCGAGAAAUCGAAGAGGCCAUGAAGAGAGUCAGAGAGGCCCAGUCGCUCAUUUCUGCUGCAAUUGAACCUGGAAAUAAGGAGAGCAAAAAGAAGCGCUCUCGGACAAGGUCCAGGUCCAGGAAGAGGAAAUCCAGAUCACGUUCAAGACACAGGCGAACCAGAAGCAGAUCAAGGCGACCGUCAAACUCCAGAAGCAGGAGGCGCUCCAAAAGCCCUCGCAGCAGGAGACACACCGACGGCAAAGACCAAAUCAGGCUAUCUCCAAGCAGAUCCAGAGAUAGAAAGAAAGACGAUUCAGGGAGAAGAAGAUCCAAAACACCACCUAAAAGCUACAGCACAGCAAGGAGGUCCCGCAGUGAGGACCGGAGACGCCGGAGAAGUCGAAGCCCCAGCCGAUCUCCUCCUAAGAAGUCUCCUAAAAAGAGGACUCCAUCUCCUCGAAGACACAAGAAAGAAAAGAAAAGGGAUAAGGAAAGGGACAGGGACCGCAAGAGUGAUAAAGAUCACAGUCGCGAGCAACGUGAACGCUCCACCAGCAAGAAAAAGAAAAGUAAAGACAAGGAACGGGAACGGGAGGGCGAGCGGAAAUCGGACGGGGAGAAAGGAGAUGUCAAGAUCACCAGGGAUUACGAUGAGGAAGAACAAGGCUAUGACAGCGCGAAAGAGAGGGAGGACAGGAAGGAUUCUGACGACUCUGCUUUGUCUCCUCAGUCUGUAGAAGGCAACGGCACAGCGCGGCCUGUGAAGCAGGCCAAAGUUAAUGGAGCCGACGAUCACCAUGAGGAGGACAUGGAUGUCAGCGAUUGAGUAGUCUGUCCCUCUGUCUGUCAUUAUCCCUCUGUUUUGGUUGUGAACAUGUUACGACUUUUUUCUGCACUGGGGUAAAUCUAAAAUGUGAAGUGAGCGUCAAAUGUAUGGAUUUUUCACACAGAAGACUCGUCAACUCUUUUUGCAAAUGUACAAUGCAGAAUUGUCAUUUUUUGCAGGGAGUUUGCCCGAUGACAUAGUCACAUUGCUUUAAAGUACCCGUAUGCUUUUUGCCUCUAAAAACAUAGUCUGUUAAAACUGGAAGUAGGCUUACUUUGCUUUUCUUGAGCUUGUGUUGUCAGGUUUUGUCAUAUUUUUUUUCAAAUAUUGUAUCUUUUACAUUUUUGUUUAGUGUUGUGAUGUGUUCUUAAGGCCUCUUCCCCAAUCUUCUCGAAACAGUUAAUACAUUUGUUUCUUGUUAUUUGAAAGUGUUGAUUGUUUUAUCAAGGAUUUCUUUUAUAAUAAAGCCUAUUUGGAGAACCAAGA